GAUUUUUUCAUUUAGAAGUAUACCUUAAAUAUAUAUCAGAUCGACAUAUUUUUCGAAAAGAUAAUAUAUAACAUAUAUAUAAUAUAUAUAAUAUAUGUAAGGUCGGUCUAAAGCUGAUCUAUGGUAUGUAUGACCGCAACACUGUGCAAACAUUGAACGACCCCGAUUAAAUGUAAACUUUUUAGGACAAACAUGUAGCUGUGUAGAUUGUAAAGGUUUUAUAUUCUCAAGAGCUGUACUGCUUGUACUAUUCAAGUUUACAGUUCUGUGAAGUAUUUAGUUACCGAUUACUUGUUUAGAAGCAUAUUACAAAACUGAAACAAACGUUUAUAUUUCACUAAUCGGAGCCUGUACGACAAAUUGGACCAUACAAGGCUAAGGAUGGCCGAGGCUAGUAAAGGACGAACUGUUGCAAUAGCUGUAGAUCAAAGUGAACAUUCAAAAGGGGCAGUAGCUUUUUACCUGACCAAACUUAGAGUUCCGGGCGAUAAAGUUGUUGUCAUCCACUGUCAGGAAUGGUUCAAUCUAGACCAAGCUAGACUUCAUUAUGCAAGCGGAGCAGCGUUUCAAGAAAUGAUCGAGCAAGAAGAUGCACGAGUUGAAUCUUGUAAAUUAGAAUACACAACUAUUUUAAAGGAUGCUGGGGUCGACGUUCUAAAAAGUAGGUCGGACUGGGGAAAACCUGGUGAGAUUGUGUGCCAAGUGGCCAAAGAAGAGGGCUGUGACUUUAUUGUAAUCGGGACACGUGGACAAGGGAAGCUGAGACGCACAAUUAUGGGAAGUGUAUCAGAUUAUGUAAUCCAUCAUUCUGAAUGUCCAGUCGUUGUAUGCAGAAGUUCACAUAAGCAUUGAGAGUUGUGGUAGAGAAAGUACACGCAUACCUGAAACAUUAGCGAAGUUAAUAAGUUACACGUGGUUUUUAAAAAAAACUGACCCAACGUGAAUGUGUAUAAUUAUGGUAUGGUCCUCAAUGGAUUAGUUCUCCCAUUUGUAG